AUGCCGAUUGAAGACGCAGAAGGAGAUGAUGAACGGAGAGCCAAGGAUGGCUAUGAUCUCGCCCGAAUACGUCUUAACAGAUUGUUGGCCAAUCCUGUAAGUUGUUUUUGUAGAAUAAUUAUACAAAUUUAGGAUAAACCCGUGGUAAUACCGGAAAGGAAAGAAGCCGCUAAACCCAAACCACCCCCUGAUUUCGUUCGUAACGUUGUUGGUUCUUCAGCUGCUGCUGGAAGUGCAGAAUUUCACAUUUACCGAAACAACCGGCGAAAAGAAAUGAAUCGACUGAAUUAUUUGGAAAAGGAAUAUCAGGACAGAAAGAAGGAUGAAGAAUUUGAUGAAAAACUGCAAGAAAGGCGUAGAGCCGAAGAAGAAAGGACCGAGAAGAACAGGAAGAAGCGAUUGAAACGGAAACAGCGGAUUCAGGAGUUGAGGAAACAGAAAAAAAGGAAGGUAAGGGACGCAACUUUUAUCACCCAGUUCCAGGACGACUCGGAUGCUAGCGACUCGGAAGAUGAUUCAGAUUCUGAUAUACCAUUAGCAGACAAUAAGGACGCCAGUAAUCAUGAAGAUUAUUAA